UAACGCGACCAGUCCCUCCCGACCGCUGCACACGACAGGGCUCUGUUUUUAGACCUACGUGGCGAUAGACGACGGGAAGCUCGCUGAACGUGAACUGCCCUGCUUUUACGCUCUUCACUAGACUUUAAAUGUUUGCUUCUCCUCAGAGAAUAAAAGUGUGUUUCCAGUGUUACAAAAACCAGUUGGAUGAGUUUCAGCCUUGAUGUGCUUUGUCAUGACAGGUAAUUUAAGUGCUCAGUCUUGUGCCACAUAGUUGACACUAGGGGGCGCCAGCGUCAACCCUCUACUUGUCCUCAGGGCUAGUUACAGUAGAUGCUGCUGCUGCUGCUCAUAUCUGCCCAGAACUCAUUACUGCAGCUGCAUUAAGUCUGUUCAGACGGACGCUGGAAUGUCAGCAAAGCAGAAUGACCUGCUUCUGUCGGCCUGCACUAAAUUACAGAGAAGUGACAACCUGGUAUGAUGCUCUAUGCAAAUGUCUGCUAAAAAGAAUGCAUCCUCAAUCACCUUAUCUUUGAUCUUACAUUUUAGGUGCUUUAAACUGUAGCUUUCUAAUCAGCACCUCCACACAGCUGUAAAUAUAUCAUUUAACACAAUGUUAAACUAAAUGGAACAUGCUUAGACGUCUUGUUUUUCCAGAGCACGAGUCCAGUGAGCACAGAGGACCAACUAUGGCUACGAGGCCACGCUGUGUACUGUCGUUUGUUGUGACGCUGUCACUAGGUGGGUCUCUGGAGUCGACUCUGGCCCUCAGCGAUAACAUGCUCCUUCUAAUGCUGAUAGAGCUCGUGUGAGGCGUUUGAAAAUGAGCCUUGACCAGCGUUUGGCUCUGACCUUUCUGAUCCAGUUAAUGCGACGGUUGCUCAUUGGCUGAUUCCCCGAUUUAACCAUAAACAUCUGCAAACCUUAGUCAAAGUGUCAUUAUGUAUUUUCAUACCAAGUAAACAGACCCUCAGCUUGCGUCCAGUACAAGGUUUGUCAUAUACUGUAUAUUGUUAAGUGGCCAUAAGAAAAACCUCAGAUGUGUGCUUUUAAAUCGUGUGCUUGAACACAAAAACAUUUGAGACGUAAGAUUUUGAUCACGUGUUUGGUUGCGAGGCUAUUAGAAGACUGGGAGUGUCUCUAUAGUGUGUGUGACACAUGGACUGAGGUGAUACAGUAGCUGGUGAUAACGGCCCUGUGUUACAGAGCCUGUAGUUGGGGCCCUCAGUCCCUCAGUGGGCUAAAUAUUACAUUAAGUUUACAUAUAGAUCCCUUAUCAUCAUACAUUUAAAACUUUUUAAUGAUACAAUAAUAUGACACCCUACAAAUAUAAACAGUAUUAAAAUUGUCAAUGGGAUAAGCAUGUUAAAUCAUAAUGUAAAGUAAAUAAAUCUACAGACAAAAGUUAACAGUUAAACUAAGUCUUAUGCUGUUCAGGAACGUGACGUUUUAUCCUGAGAGUCGAGGCUGAAACGAGUUACUCUCCGGAUCAUCUAAUUAUGUACAUGCUGUCGGGUCUGUUGAUGUUCUCCUUGGUCAUUAAACCCCAUCACGCUGUCUCGUGUGUCGAGGAUCCGCUUCAUUUCAAACCACAGCAUUUAGGCUUGAGGUCACUCAAAGACUCAUUCAUGACAGUGGGAAAACUUCACUCAGAGUUCAGACGAUGUUGAAAUCAGAACCUGAAACGUGCAGUAUUAAAUACAUCACAGUACAGUAGUGAUGUGUUCCAGCCACUGUUUCAUCACUGUGCUGGAACCUCUGUUACGUUUCCUGUAGGUGAUGUUACAGCAACAGAUUCAUGAGAUAAACUGGACCCACAUGUUUCUGAACCUGUAAAACGACAGGAACAUUGUGUCUGUUGAUGACAUUGUUGCAACAAUUAUGCAUCAUUCUAUUAGAUGUUGUUACACAGAGAAUAACAUCUUUCUUUCCAUCCAGAACCACAACAUAGAAUUGACUAAUUCUGAUAAACCACCUGCUUCUGAUGAAGCUGUGCUGGGUUCUGUCAGCUGCCAGGUGGUGUUUCUCCAGCACAUCCCACUGAUACUUGAAUGGGUCGUGAGACCUGAGGAGGGCCACUGUUGCCUUAGUAUCAUCGUGGUGACACCCUAACAUGUUCGCUUUUCUGCAUCCUCAACUCGGUGCCGCUCUGUAAACGGGCUGAACCAGCGGGAGACGUCUCACGCCUCGUCCCUCUACAGAAAUGCUGCAAUUAAAGCAGUUUCAUCAUUUCACUGAGGCCCUCCACAUCGUGAGGGAAUCCCCUGUGCGUAAACAAGGCGAUGUGGCAGGUGAUACUGCAGCCUUCUCCCUCUCCGAGCCCCCCCGACAGGCUGAUGUCCUGCCUGCGGGUCCACACAGCUUGGCCCCGCUGCCGGACCCGGACCCGGACCCGGACCCGGACCCGGACCCGUGCGGCCCGAGAGGGCGGAGCCGGGCAGCUAGGGCUGGGAUAUCCCUCUGUCAAGGUGCGCCUGGCUGAUAGAGCCCUGGGCCUCUAUCGCCCCCGCCCCUCGCCAGUUUGCUCAGAGUCCGGGGGGUUCUGGGGCACGGGGGCUUCUAGCGAUAGACGUAGUUCCCUCUGGGCGUUGCCGCUCUGUUCCUGCACUCGUCUUUUCAUUCGACCCGGCUCACGCUAUCGCAGAGCGCCUCUGGGCUUAGAGCGACACGUCGACCCGAGUCCGGCGCUGGAGACCAGGUGGGAGCACCUGCAUGCAGGGAGUUCAUCUGAGACACAUCAAUGGAAAAUAAUUUCUUCUUUGAGCAGGACAGUGACAUGUCUUGUGAAGACCACGAGGCGUUCCCCUCGCCUCUGAGACUCCCAUCUCUAAACCAGGGCAGCGACUAUGACCUGGAAAGGAGACAGGAGGAGGAGGAUGAGGAUGCCGAGCGUCACGUGGAGACUAUCGUCAUCCCCAGCGGCUCAGAGGCUUAUAUGAACCUGAACACCAACGCCAGCACAAGAGGCGAUGCUCAAGCCUAUGUGGAGCUGAAUGAGCUCCAGGUGGGCACCUGGCAGCAGACGGCCCGCUGGGUGGGGUUCGAGGAGAACUUCAACCCUGUCACAGGCGUGUGGGGUCCUUCUCAUGUCUCCUAUCUCACCUUCAAGAGUCUGCUUCACGUCCGCAGGACCAUGAGCACAGGCGCCAUCAUCCUGAACAUGAACGCCAGCACGCUGUCGUCGGUGUCCGAGAAAGUGGCUGACGAGCUGCUGAACAGGAACGAGAUCCGUGCGAGCGACCGCGAGGACCUGCUGAGAGCUCUGCUCCUGAAGCGCAGUCAGUCUGAGGGACCUGUGGUUACCGCUGCUGGACACAUUGAGAUGAGGGCUUUUUCUGUCACAAAGAAGAGAGACGCCUCGGACAACAUAGAGGCCUCAAUCGUCCUCUCAGGUGUUUUGGAUUCCCUGCAGAAACCAGUUGUUGCCUUUGUGCGUCUGAAUGACUCUGUUGUGAUGGACACUGUCCUGGAGACUCCCGUCCCAAUUCGCUUCGUCUUCAUGAUGGUGGGGCCCAGCCAAAGCGGGAUAAACUACAGCGAAUGCGGCCGAGCCAUGGGCGCCCUGUUGGCCGACUGGGUUUUUUGCCUGGAGGUGUUCUUAGCGCAGACCGAAAAAGAUGUGACAAACGCCAUCGCCGAAUUCAUGGACUGCAGCAUCGUGAUUCCUCCCACUGAGAUCCAGGAGACGUCGAUGCUGGAGCCAGUAAUCAGCUACCAGCAGAAGAUGCUGCGUGACAGACUCCGUCCCAGCGACUCUCGUCUGGCGUUUGGAGACAGGGUCAAAGAUGACAAACCCCCAGCGGGGCCGAAGGACGACCCCCUGGCCCGUACCGGCUACCCCUUUGGUGGGAUGGUGAAGGACGUGAAGCGCCGUUACCGCCACUACCUCAGCGACUACCUGGACGGUCUGAACCCUCAGGUGCUCUCGGCCGUCAUCUUCAUUUACUUUGCUGCCCUGUCCCCGGCCAUCACUUUUGGAGGCCUGCUAGCUGAGAAAACGCAGAAGAUGAUGGGCGUGUCGGAGCUCAUGAUCUCCACCUGCGUCCAGGGCAUCAUCUUCUGCCUCAUCGCCGCCCAGCCCGUCCUCGUCAUUGGCUUCUCUGGACCACUGCUGGUGUUUGAGGAAGCCUUUUUCUUAUUCUGCAAGGCCCAGAACAUUGAGUACAUUGUGGGUCGUACCUGGGUGGGGAUGUGGCUCAUAGUCAUAGUGGUCAUCAUUGUGGCUGUGGAAGGCAGCUUCCUGGUCCGAUACAUCAGCCGCUUCACUCAGGAAAUAUUCUCCAUCCUCAUCUCGCUCAUCUUCAUCUACGAGACCUUCAACAAGCUCAUCAUGAUCUUCAGAACCCACCCUCUGAUCCUCAACUACGAACACCUGAAUACGUCACUGGACAACCCCUUCCACCCGCUGGUCAAGGAGCAUACGGAGUAUCAUUCGGACGGCAAUGUGACCGUCCACGAGGUCGAGUACGAGAGGCCGUAUCCCAACACUGCCCUGCUGUCUAUGUGCCUGAUGUUUGGCUGCUUCUUCAUCGCCUUCUUCCUCCGCCAGUUCAAGAAUGGCCAUUACUUCCCCGGCCCACUCCGUCGUUUGAUUGGAGAUUUCGGCGUGCCCAUUGCUAUUUUCUUCAUGAUCGCUGUGGACAUCAGCAUUGAGGACGCCUACACUCAGAAACUUGUUGUGCCUAAAGGUGUUGAGGUGACCAACCCCAAAGCCAGAGGUUGGAUCAUUAACCCCAUGGGACUGAACAAGCCCUUCCCUGGCUGGAUGAUGGGCGCCUGUUGUGUUCCAGCACUCCUCGUCUUCAUCCUCAUCUUUCUCGAGUCCCAGAUCACUACGCUGAUCGUGAGCAAACCUGAGAGGAAGAUGAUCAAAGGCUCGGGCUUCCAUUUCGAUCUGCUCGUACUCGUCACCAUGGGAGGCAUCGCAUCCAUUUUCGGCGUGCCUUGGCUGAGCGCUGCCACGGUGAGAUCCGUCACCCACGCCAACGCCCUCACUGUUAUGACCAAGGGCCCGAAGCCAGAGAUUGAGAAGGUGGUGGAGCAAAGGAUCAGUGGUUUCCUUGUGGCCCUCUUGGUUGGUGUUUCUAUUUACAUGGAACCUAUACUGAAGAUGAUUCCCAUGACAGCCUUGUUCGGUAUCUUCCUCUACAUGGGUAUCACGUCUCUCAGUGGAAUCCAGAUGUGGGACAGGAUACUGCUGCUGAUUACACCAAAGAAGUACCAUCCUCCUGACGCAUAUGCCACUAGGGUGAGGACUCUGCGGAUGCAUCUCUUCACCCUGAUCCAGGUCGUGUGCCUGGCUGUCCUGUGGGUGGUGAAGAUGAGCCCUUUCUCUCUGGCGCUGCCCUUUGUGCUCAUUCUCACUGUCCCUCUGCGCAUGUUCAUGACCGGCAGGGUGUUCUCCGUCCUGGAGAUGAAAUGUCUGGAUGCAGAUGAUGCCAAAGUGAUUUUGGAGGAGGAACCUGGGGAGGAUGUGUACAAUGAGUGCCCCCUGCCGUAAAGGCCACCAUAAUAUUAUUCAACACAUUCACAAACAUCUUGUUUGCCAAGAAAAAUGUGAAAGUUGAAUUUCAGGAAAAACUAUGUAUUUUUAAACAACUUUUUGCAGUUUCAAACAGUUUUGUUAUUUUUAUUUAUUGUAUCAAUUAAGGAACUCUUCUACUUCUAGACUCAUUCCAGUUUCUUCAUCUAUAUUUGUGACCCUGAACCACAACAGACAACCAUGAACAUAGUUCUUUUAAUCAUUAAGAGAAUGAAUGUGUUUUUAUUUUACACACUUUUUUAAUUUCACGUGAGAUAUUUUAAGCAUACUCUUUAACUUCUUCUUUUAUUUUCUAACUUUAGAUUGUUUGUUUCUUAAAUACUCAGUGGUGCUCUGGGAACAACUUGAUUGCUUUGAAAGGAAAGCAUUUGUGUGUAAGCUACACAAAAAUAUGUUUAAUGGAUUCCUAUCAUAGAUGCCAACAUGUAGAUCUGUUCAUUUUGUUGUUUCAACUGCAAAUUUGAUCACAGACAUUAUUAAUGCAUAUUGAGGUCCAUCAAUUAUUUUGCUUCAUGCAGUAGUUUCUUCAAGUGUUCUCAAUUGUUUUAAGUUGUUUUAGUCACUGAUAUGCUGUGUAUGGUUUACUGAAUCUGGUUUCUCAUGUUCAGUUGAGCUAAUUAGACUGUUUAUAAAAGAUGUUUGAUGCACUUAUGUCUUAUUUAAAGUGUGUAAUUGCUUUUGUUAUAAAGCAAUUACGGGUGCAUAGUUGAAGGUGAAAUAUAACUUUCUGAGCCAUUAUAUAAACAUGGCAGAUGUGUUUGUGUGCUUGAAACACUGUACAUGCUUUAAAUUUUCACUUAUCAAAAAUAAAAACACAAUUUAAACAGGA